GCUGAGGCUGUGGGCCAGGUCCUUCCUCUUUCUUAGGGGGUGGCCCCAUAUCGGGUUGGGUGGGCGGCCGCGGCCUGGCCCUAUCCAGGAGGCAGAGAGAACGAAGGGGAGAGCCCGGCAUUUGCACUUCCCCCUUCCCACCCUCACGUGUAUAUAGAGCAGGGAGAGCAGCGAUCUCCUGGUCCCGAGGUCGGUUCCUGCUGCAAAGAUGGCGGCACUAAACCCUGUCGCGCCUGAGCUGCACCGUUUGCUGGAGAGGGACCCCCACCUGGCUCCUUUUAAGCAGGACUUCGAGCGCAGAUAUGCCACCUUUCACCGUAUUUUGAAGAAUAUUGAAGAUAAUGAAGAUGGUCUUAACAAGUUCACAAGGAGUUACCAGACAUUUGGCAUCCACAGAUUUGUGGAUGGAGGACUCUACUGUAAAGAAUGGGCACCUGGGGCAGAAGCAGUUUUUCUCACUGGCGACUUUAAUAACUGGAAUACAUUUUCUCACCCAUAUAAGAAAAUGGAUUUUGGCAAAUGGGAGUUGUUCAUCCCUCCUGGAUCAGAUGGAGUUAAUCCUGUUCCUCAUGGAUCAAAGCUGAAGGUAGUGAUACGAAGCCAAAAUGGAGAGAUUUUCUAUCGCAUUUCUCCUUGGGCAAGAUAUGUUGCUCGUCAAGACACCAGUGUAACUUAUGAUUGGAUACAUUGGGAGCCUCCAGUUCCAUACAAACGGAAGCAUCCUGUUCCUAAGAAGCCUAAAAGCUUAAGGAUCUAUGAAUCUCAUGUGGGAAUUGCUUCCCCUGAAGGGAAAAUAGCUUCAUAUAAAAACUUCACACACAAUGUACUUCCGAAAGUCAAGGAUCUUGGCUAUAACUGCAUUCAGUUGAUGGCUAUUAUGGAACAUGCUUACUAUGCCAGUUUUGGUUAUCAAGUCACAAGUUUUUUUGCUGCCUCAAGCCGUUAUGGACCACCAGAUGAUUUGAAGGAGCUCAUUGAUGUUGCCCAUUCAAUGGGGAUUAUUGUCCUUUUGGAUGUUGUACACAGUCACGCAUCAAGCAAUUCAGAAGAUGGUCUGAACAAAUUUGAUGGCACAGAUUCUGCUUUUUUCCAUUCUGGUCCUAGAGGAACACAUUCACUUUGGGACAGCCGCCUUUUUGACUAUGCCAACUGGGAAGUUCUGCGAUUUCUUCUCUCCAAUCUAAGGUGGUGGAUAGAAGAGUAUGCCUUUGAUGGUUUUCGAUUUGAUGGUGUUUCCUCUAUGCUAUAUCACCAUCAUGGAAUUGGUGUAGGUUUCAGUGGCGACUAUAAUGAAUAUUUUGGUAUGCAGGUUGAUGAAGAUGCGUUGGCAUAUCUAAUGAUGGCAAACCAUAUGAUACAUUUCUUACAUCCAGAAUGUAUAACGGUAGCUGAGGAUGUUUCUGGAAUGCCAGCCCUUGCUUGUUCAGUUAUGGAAGGAGGAGGUGGAUUUGAUUACCGGCUAGCCAUGGCCAUUCCUGACAAAUGGAUUCAGAUACUGAAAGAAUUUAAGGAUGAAGAAUGGAAUAUGGGCAAUAUAGUGUUUACGCUAACGAAUAGGCGACAUGGAGAAAAAUAUAUUACGUAUGCAGAGAGUCAUGACCAGGCCCUUGUUGGUGAUAAGACUCUGGCAUUUUGGCUGAUGGAUGCAGAAAUGUAUACCUACAUGAGUAUUAUCUCACCUCUCACUCCAGUUAUUGAUCGAGGAAUACAGCUUCAUAAAAUGAUUCGCCUCAUUACUCAUGCACUUGGAGGAGAGGGCUAUCUUAACUUCAUGGGAAACGAGUUUGGUCAUCCAGAAUGGUUAGACUUUCCCAGACGAGGCAAUAAUGAAAGCUACCAUUAUGCUAGGAGACAGUUUCAUUUAGCUGACGAUCAACUUCUUCGCUAUAGAUUCCUAAAUGCAUUUGACAGAGAUAUGAACAAAUUGGAAGAAAGAUGUGGCUGGCUUGCAUCUCCACAGGCUUACGUGAGUGAAAAACAUGAAUCAAACAAAGUCAUUGCUUUUGAGAGGGCAAAUCUCUUGUUUAUAUUCAAUUUCCACCCAUCUAAAAGCUUUACAGAUUACAGAGUGGGUGUACACACACCAGGAAAGUAUAAAAUUGCACUGGAUUCUGAUGCUCCCGAGUAUGGAGGACAUAACAGACUGGACCAUAAUACAGAAUUCUUCACUCAGGAGUUUUCACAUAACUAUUGUGCUAAUUCAGUUUUGCAGCCCAAUUCACAGAGAGAAAGUGAUGGCCACUCCCGAGGACAGCAGCACAAACACCACCUAGAGGUCUACAUUCCAAGCAGAGUGGCCAUUGUGCUUGAGAAUACGGAUGUUGCAAACUGAAGACUUCCCAUUUAUGAUGACUAGAACUACCCCUGCAAGCGCAAGGCAGGAAUUUGAUGACUACGGUAGCUGGGAUUUACUGUUUGAAAACUUUUCUAUGUGAAGAUAUGCUAAUUCAGAAAGAUUCAAAUAUGUGCUUAUUAUUUAUUUAUAAUUAUAAAGCUCUCAUUUCGUGAAAAGAUCAUUGAAAGAAAACAUGUAUUAGUGGAAUGAAAAACUCCUUGAGCAGUUCUGAUGUUAACCGAAUUAAACUUCGGAACAGCUGCCAUCCUUGAAGUACUAUUUCAUGUUAUUUUAUCAGGAAUAAUCAGUCCCAUUUCAGCAAUUUGCUGCAGUCCUAUAUAUAAUUUUGUUUUUCAUUAGACCAUAAUUUUGUAUUACAAGUACUUAUAAAGUUAUUUUAUUGCUACCAAGGCAGCCUUGUAAACUUCUUGGACACUAUGGAUUCCAAGUUAUAAAGGUGCUUAGCGUUUUCCUACUUUAAACCAUCAGAAAAUAAAACUUGUUAAGUUUACAGUUUGGGGAGCUGUGAAACUGAAGAGACUGGCAAGGAAGUGGCUUUGCUAAGAUCAAACUGUAGGACUAUAGUUAACUCAUUUAAAUUGUGCCUAAGUUCGUAUGGAAUGAAUAUUACAGAAAACAUUAACUUUCUGAUUUUUAAACAGUAUUGACAUUGAUGUUGGAAAUCAUGUAUUCUAGGUUAGUAUUUUGAAAGAUUGGAUACUGUCAGGAUAAUUUGGUAUGGACAAUAAAACACAGUAAUAUACUAUUAUACUGUCCCCACCAUUUUCAAAAAUAUUGAAAAUUACACCUUCUCAUUAAUGGCUAUAACGAAUAGCUCAAAUGGCACCAUAACCAUACAAAUUUGUCAUAAACUUAGAAGGUGUGGUCUUUUGUAUUUUUAAUUAAAAACAUCUAUUUCGUUAUUCAGAAAUAAACUGAUGAAAAUUUAUUUUAAUCUACAUAAUGAGUUGGAAUGAUGAUUUAAAAUAAUGUAUCUUUUGUAAACUAAUACUAUUAAUUGAAAAUCAUUUCCUUUGGAUUCUAAAAUUAUGGAAUUAAAAUUUUACACAGUUGUAGACAAAUGUUUUUGUAUGGGAUCAGAAAGUUCUUCAAGCUUGUUUUAUGGUCAGUUUUUGAUAUGUAGUCAUCUUAAAAAUAUACACAAAGAAAAUCCCUCCCAAAGGAAUUCCUGUUGAGCAGUCCUUUGAUCAGCCAUCUUUAUCUCAUUUAGUAAACCUCAAAGUAUGUGUGCCAGUAUUCGCUUUAUGCUUAUAAUACAAAUUCUUUGCCAAAAUGUUCACCAUGGUAAUCAUUCUAGAUCGAGGUUAUGUGUACAUGGCGUCCCAGUUAGUGCAUUACCAGAGCAGCAUGAGAACUGCUUUCCUGGAGCCUUUUCCCAGACUAGAGUGAAAUGGUUCUUUCCAUUCUAGCAUCUUCCCCAGGAGAAGUUCACUCUGCUCAUUUAGAUGUUACAAGAGCAGAAUAGGUGGAAGAUACAAGGGGGUAUUACCAGAGCAACUGCAGCAAUGAAUUAAUUAGUUCUGUCUCAUAUAAACACACAUCUCUCUCAACAAAACGGAGGUAUCCAUAAACUUCGUUUUCUUGUGUUGUAGUCUGUUUGCCAUAUGGUCUUGUGCUGAGUAACAUCCCUAUUUUUCAUUUACCGUUUUGUUAAAUAUGAGCUAUAUAAGUUACUAUUUCCACAUUUUGAGCCGCAGUGAAUCAGCAAUUAUUUUCCAUACUUUAAAUUUAGAGGUGAGAUAAACAGCAUAUAAAUAUGUGGCAUAUUUAUGUUAAUGGCUUUAUUAAUAUAUAAUGAAGAUGUUACUGGCCUUGCGUUUGAGCUUGUAAAUGCAGUGCAAGGCAAAUUGUCCAUAUCAAACUUUUGUGCAAGGAAAGCAAUAAAUAUGUAAUGUGAUUAGAAACUAUAAAAUUACAUGUGAAUAAACUGAGAUGUAAAAAACU